ACACCGAUGCUGGUCCAGGGCCCGUUCAAAUAGCAAAUGAAUACUUAUUGGAUUUCCAUCGGUACUUCACGAGGUUUAACGCCAUCUUAACAACAGACGUGGGAAAAAGUUGGUCAACAUCCAGACCACAUUAACAUCAUGACUGACCCGGAGACCCAGCCCGAACAACAGCAGGCUGGGGAUAAAGAAGAAGCCGCCAAGGAGGUCAUUGCCACUAAGGUGACCGGAACCGUGAAGUGGUUCAACGUAAAGUCAGGAUACGGUUUCAUCAACAGGAACGACACUAAGGAGGAUGUGUUCGUUCACCAGACUGCCAUCGUGAAGAACAACCCCAAGAAGGCGGUCAGGUCCGUGGGGGACGGAGAGGUAGUUGAGUUCGAUGUUGUUAUCGGAGAAAAAGGAAACGAAGCGUCUAACGUAUCUGGUCCUGAGGGUGUACCCGUGAAAGGAUCUCCCUAUGCCGCUGAUCGUCGUAGAGGUGGAUUCCGCAGUCGCGGCAGAGGACGUGGAGGAAAAUCCGAGGGAGGUUCCGGAGGAGAAGGAGAGGAGAAUGGGGUAGAGGAGGAAGGAGAAGGAGGAGAAGGAGAUGAAGGUGGUCGAGGACGUGGACGUGGUAGAAGUCGUGGAGGAUACAGAAGAUACCGUCCCAGGUAUGUUCGUCGUGGCGGAGCUCGUCGUAGUGAUGAAGAGGAGGGAGGACAGGCGGAGUCUGGUGAAGAUGGCGGAGAUGAAGCGGAUCAGGAGGGAGGAAGAGGACGGGGCCGUGGUCGUGGCGGAUACAGGGGAAGAUCUCGCGGACGUGGAGGAUUCCGCGGAGGAUUCCGCGGCGGAUAUCGAGGAGGUCCCGGCGGGUUCCGCGGAUCUUCCCGUGGAACCGGAUUCCGUGGUGGACGCGGUGGAUUCCGCGGUCGUGGUCGUGGACGUGGUGCCGGGGUUGGUGGAAACGAAGGCGGUGAGAGCAGUGCCUAAACCCUGCGCCGUAGGUAGAUCAGGUUCCACGAUCCCUGCCCUUCUCGGAUGAUCGUGUCAUUGAAAAUGAGAUCUAGUGUGUUACAUCGUUCAAAAUCUGUCUGGGAUAGUUUCAAGGUUUUUCACCAGCCCAGACUUUACUUUACAAUCUCAAGUAGAUUCACUUUAGACUCAGGUUAAAAACAAACUUUAAUUAAUCCCACGUUAAUCCAUCUUAAGCUUGCCUCACCUCGGUUCCAAGCUUUCCUGGUCUUAAAACCAACCUUGAAACUGUCCCUAAGAUCCCAUGGGUAUUUCUUGUAGGACGGAGCUGACACAAAAUCUGUUUAGCUCCGUUCUUCAUUUGUUCCAUCGUUAAUAGAUUGAAAUCAUCUAUGUAAAGCAUGUAUUCGUUUAUGCAGCAUUCUCCGGGUCAGUUUAAAAAUCACAGAAUCUGCUGUAAUCAUUGUAAAUCUUUAAAACAUGUAUUAGAAUAAGUUUGUGAAGUAUGCUAUUCCAUCUGAUCUAAAACCAGUAUUUGGACGACUUGACUUUUGUGGACUGUAAACAACAUUUUAUAACUAGUUUCAUUCCACGCUAUGGAUGAACAACAAUAAUUGCACCAAAAUUUUUCUAGACGACACAAAAGCCACUGUUGUCCUACCCAUGGGAUAAAUGUGGGUACUAGGAGUUAAAGUUUUCAUGGAACUAACAUCAAAGACAUGUCUCCCUGCUCAGUGCUCAGGAUGGAUUGGUCUCUGUGUUCCAUGAGACGAUUCUCUUAUGGCCUGCAUAACAUGUAAUUAUUAAACUUAACAACAGGUUUUAUAUGAAAUCCAAAAAUAAGAAUUUGGCACCAACAAAUUUUUAAAAUAAAAAUAAAUAUAAACUGCAA